AUGUCGUUCGGUCGGCCACCCACAUUCUCGGACUUCAAGGUGUCCCCACCAGAACGCGGCUCGUUCCCACUCGACCAUGAAGGCGAGUGCAAGUCGGUCAUGCAGGAGUACAUGGCGUGUAUCAAGGCGCACCGCAACGAUAACGGCAAGUGUCGCCAUCUCAGCAAAGCCUAUCUCCAGUGCAGGAUGGACAAGGGGUUGAUGGAGCGCGACGAUAUGGAUAAUUUGGGCUUCAAAGGCGUUGGCUCCGGAAGCGGUGCAGCCGGCUCACACACGGACGGUGGCGUAGCUGCCAAGGUGGCUUCGUCACCAGCGGGCGCAAAGGACACGAAGAGCGACACGGCGAACAGUGCAGACGACAACUCAAGAUUAGCCCGCAGCCGGCUCGUGUAA